AUGAACGAGUUCGAUGGCAUAAGCGAACAUGACAGCGCAAGCGAAGAGGCUCCUCCAGACGGUGGUUAUGGCUGGAUCUGCGUAGCGGCGUGUUUCACAAUCAACUGCUUCACUUGGGGCACUGUCUCGGCAUACGGCAUCUACCUUUCACAUUACUUGGCUGACGACAUCUUUCCGGAUGCAUCUACUUGGGACUAUGCGUUUAUUGGCGGCUUCAACUUUGCACAAGCCAUGCUUAUAGCACCUAUUGUUACUAUUCUCACUCGGAGAUUUGGGAUACACGUGACAAUGGUUGCUGGCUUGAUCUUCCAAAGCAGUGGCUUCAUCGCAGCCUCUUUCGCUACACAAGUAUGGCAGUUGCAUAUUUGUCAAGGCAUUCUUAUCGGCUCUGGCAUCGGCUUUUUAUACAUUCCUAGCCUUCCUAUCCUUUCACAGUGGUUCGUUCGAAGGCGCAGCUUAGCCAAUGGAAUCAGCGCUGCAGGCUCAGGCGUUGGCGGUGCUGCCUUUGCGUGGGGCACAGAGGCCAUCAUUCAGCGUUAUACUAUUGGUUGGGCUCUACGCAUCACGGGGAUCAUCGCAUUUGCCGCCAAUCUCGCCGCCAUAAUAGCAAUACGGGACCGAAACGAUGUGAUCCGACCUUCUCAGCUUGGAUUCGACGCUCAACUCCUCUGUCGAUACGAAGUGAUACUGCUGCUUAUUUGGGCUUUCAUCAGCAUGCUAGGAUAUGUUGUCCUUCUGUUCUCCUUGUCCGACUUUGCUCUGUCUAUAGGCCUCACUCGAGCCCAGGCUACGGACGUAAUUGGUUUGUUGAACGUGGGCACAGCAGUCGGACGACCAAUCAUUGGCAUACUCAGCGACAGGUGGAACCGAAUUGACACGGCAGGUGUUCUGACCUUACUGUGUGGCCUUUUAUGCUUCACGUUAUGGCUGCCGGCUACAUCUUUUGCGCUUACAGUGGUUUUUUCAACCCUCUGUGGGGCUGUCGUUGGAGUCUUUUGGAUGACUAUAGGCCCGCUCUGCGUUGAGGUUGCUGGGAUGAAGAACUUGCAAUCGUUGUUGUCUCUGUCGUGGGCGGCAAUAAUAGUUCCUACUGUUGGUACGCCUUGGUUGGAUUGCCAUCUUUUGUACUCUUUUAACUAACAGCACUGGCCAGUUUCUGAAGGCAUUGCAUUGAAACUUCGACGGUCCUCUUCCUCUAGAGAGUACCUUUACACUCAGAUUUUUGCUGGUAUUUCCUAUGUAAUCGCGAGCGGGUUUAUGUUCCAACUUCGUAGAGUGAAGAGUCGCCAGCCACAGGAUCGUUUGGCCUAGUAGCUUCGACUAUAUCUUGAGAUAUGAUACAAAUUAAUACCCGGUGUUAGAUUAUAUCGCUGUAUCAUGGAGGGAUGACCGCUGCUGCUUUCAAAGGAUGCGUGAUGCUAAACAGCUUGCUUGUGGUUUGUGUCUGUACGUUCCUGCCAGGGCCACACUGGCAGCUUUACAGGCAAAUCGGUGACCUGGACACCGUUGCCGCUACUGACAUGUGUACUCUGCUGCUGUGGUUGUAAGUGUCCCUUGUAAAUGAG